AUGGUGAAAGGAUCUCGACAAUGGCAUGAAAAAUUGCCUUUGUUGGGUUAUCGCACUACAAUAUGUAUGUCAGUAGGGGACACCUCCUAUUCAUUGGUAUUUGGGAUUGAGGUAGUUAUACCUACAAAGGUUGAGAUUCCAUCCGUACGAAUUAUUGUGGAGGGUGAAACUGAUGAUGAUGAGUGGAUCAGAACCCAGUUGGAUCAAUUGAGUUUGAUUGAUGAGAAGCGAUUGACAUCAACAUGUCAUGGACAGUUGUAUCAGAAAAUAAUGGCACAAGCAUACAACAAAAAAGUGUGUCCCAAAUGUCUCGAAGAGGGUCAAUUGGUAUUGAGAUGCAUUCAACCACCUCAGGUCGAAGUCAAAGGUAAAUUGUCUCCAAAUUGGGAAGUACCAUUCAUUGUAAAGAAGGUAUAA